AUGGGUGACGAGACGCCUCAAGGAUCUACCACCAAUAAGAUACCACUUAACGCAGGCUCUAUCGGGUCACGGAUGCUUCAGACACUACCUAUAGCUGUAUCGCAUUUGGUAUGCCCAGUACGUACUUGAGUGUACUUACUGUCAAUUCCUUGAGGACACGGCGGAACUCACGAUUUUUGACUGCUGUCAUUGAGAACUUUUUCGUCAGUCAAUCAGAUCGUUUGUUGGUCGCAGGAGCAUCACUCUCAGUGAUGUUCAGGAUCUGAUCUGCAGCUAUUCCAACAUCCCAUCUCAGGACCUCGUCAGACACGAUCAGCUGUCGUCAACUUCUGCCCGCUGCUCAAAGUCUUUCUGCUUUAUGGUAGAGGAUAUCCUGAGCCACAAGGAGCUGGACGUGAGGAACAGGAAAGCCGAGGUGAUGACUAA